CCACAUUUCUUUUUUUCAGGCACAGGAGAAAGUGGGAAAAGCACCUUCAUUAAACAGAUGCGGAUAAUCCAUGGCUCGGGCUACUCUGAAGAGGAUAAAAAGGGUUUCACCAAACUGGUGUACCAGAAUAUCUUCACUGCCAUGCAGUCAAUGAUCAGGGCUAUGGAGACCUUAAAGAUCCUAUACAAAUAUGAGCAAAAUAAGGCCAAUGCACUACUGAUCCGAGAAGUGGAUGUAGAAAAGGUUUCGUCCUUCGAACAACCCUAUGUAAGUGCAAUUAAGACAUUGUGGAAUGACCCAGGAAUCCAAGAAUGCUAUGACCGGCGGCGAGAAUACCAGCUCUCUGACUCCGCUAAAUACUACCUUACUGAUGUGGAUCGUAUUGCCACCCAAGGGUACCUCCCAACCCAACAAGACGUCCUGCGGGUCAGAGUCCCAACAACUGGGAUCAUAGAAUACCCCUUUGAUCUCGAGAACAUUAUAUUCAGAAUGGUGGACGUUGGCGGGCAAAGGUCAGAAAGGAGGAAGUGGAUACACUGCUUUGAAAAUGUCACUUCCAUCAUGUUCUUAGUAGCUCUUAGUGAAUACGACCAAGUCCUGGUGGAAUCGGAUAACGAGAACCGCAUGGAGGAGAGCAAAGCCCUUUUCCGGACCAUCAUCACCUAUCCCUGGUUCCAGAAUUCCUCUGUCAUCCUCUUUCUCAACAAGAAAGAUCUCUUGGAAGACAAGAUCAUGUACUCUCACCUUGUGGACUAUUUCCCAGAGUUUGAUGGUAAGAAGUUAAGUUUUCAGUAA